GUGCCUUCCAUGCACAUAGCUGACCCGGUUCGCUCCCUAACAUCCCAUAUGAUUCCCUGAGUUCUACCAGCAAAAGUUCUGAGUGCAGUCAGGAGUAGCCCCUGAGCAUCAUCGGGUGUGGCCCAAGAACCCAAAAGCAAAAACAGAAGAACGUGCAUUUUCCUAAACUUCCUCCAUCAAAGUCUAGAGCAGCCAAGAAUAUCCCAAAGAUUAAUGCUACUUCAACAAAUGGAGAAUAAAUUUGAAGAUCAAAAUAAGGAAAAGACAUCUCAGGUGAAAGCAGCUGAGACUGCUUUUGAAAGGAACCUCAACCUUUUAAAGGAUAUAGAUGUAGCAGAAAAGUCUCUACAAACCAGGAUUCACUCAUCUAUACCACCUGAGGUGGUUUCUCUUGAGACUCUUUACUGGGCAUCAGUAAAAGAAUAUAUUCCCAAAUGGGAACAAUUUCUUUUAGGAAGAGCACAACAUCCUAUGGUGCUGAAAAUCAAAAUGAAGCACAAAGUACCAUUUAAAACGAGACACGGCGCUAACUUCACAUGCUGGUUUGAAACAAUAAACAACCUGUUUGGCAAAUCUUAAUAAUAAAUAUGUAGGUCUCUAAUAUGGGAGAAUGAAUUUCUUCAUAUUAGCCCCUUAAUGAAGGUGAAUAUGAGAGAAUCUAUUCAGAUAUUUGAGCUAUCACUUAGAUUUAUUAUUAAUUCAUGAAUUUGCCUUCUGUUAAUGUGAUGGAAAUGUUUAAAAGUACUGAGAUGUGGAAAGUUUAUUAAAUAAACUACAAAAUGAG